ACCAACCACACACUCACUCUCCACACAAUCCUCCAUCAUCGUCUCUUCAGGCUGUCGGCCCCAAUGCAAGACAUCACGAGCACGAUGAAGACAAACAGCCGGGCGCACGUGGCAAUGCUGGCGACGCCCGGGAUGGGCCACCUGAUCCCGCUCGCCGAGCUGGCCAAACGCCUCGCCGCGCGGCACGGGGCCACGACCACGCUCUUCACCUUCGCCUCCACGGCGUCAGCGACGCAGCGCGCGUUCCUCGCGUCCCUACCGCCCGCCAUCACCCCGCGCACGCUUCCCCCGGUUGACCUCUCCGACCUACCCUCCGGCACCCUCAACGAGACACUCAUGUCUGUAGAGUGCGCGCGCUCCGUUCCGGCGCUCAGGGAUGCCCUCGCCGACCUCAAGCGCACUACAUGGCUGGUGGCGUUCGUCACCGACCUCUUCGGCGUGGACUCUUUCGAUGCGGCUCGGGGCGCCAAGGUGGAGAGGAGGUGGCUAUUCUUCCCCGGCAACCUCCACGCACUCACGCUCAUCCUCCACCUCCCCGAGCUUGCGGCCUCCAUCCCCGGUGAGUUUCGGGACCUGGCCGAACCGGUGCGGUUGCCAGGUUGCGUGCCUAUCCCAGGGCCCGAUGUCAUCUCGCCGCUCCAGGACAGGUCGAGCCCCGCCUACAGCCUGAUGAUCCACCUUGCCGAACGCUUCCUCGAUUUUGAUGCCAUCCUUGUGAACUCCUUCGAGGCGGUCGAGCCGGAGGUCGCCAUGGUGCUUCAGCAGCCGGAGCUUGGCCGGCCGCCGGUGUACCCUAUCGGCCCGCUGAUCCUAACAACAGAUAGAGGUGGCGGUGCCAACAACGGCGACACGGGGCCUCAGCUGCCACCUCGCACAGCAUGCUUGGAGUGGCUCGACCGCCAACCAGCCAAGUCGGUCAUCUUCGUCUCGUUCGGCUCCGGUGGCGCCCUACCAGCGGAGCAAAUGCGCGAGCUCGCGCUAGGGCUAGAGCUCAGCGGGCAGCGCUUCCUCUGGGUGGUGCGGAGCCCGAGCGAUGAUGGUUCAUUGAGCGGCAACUACUACGACUCUGAGAGCAAGAAGGAUCCCUUCACCUACCUACCCGAUGGGUUCAUUGAGAGGAUGAAAAGCGUGGGCUUGGUGGUACCCUCGUGGGCCCCGCAGGCAGAGGUGCUAGCCCACGAGUCCACAGGAGGGUUCCUGACCCACUGCGGAUGGAACUCAACCCUAGAGAGCCUAGUGCAUGGUGUGCCUAUGGUGGCAUGGCCGUUGUACGCCGAGCAGAGGCUGAACGCGGUGAUGCUGGCACAAGGGGUAGGAGCUGCGAUACGUUUGCCUAAGAUAAAGGACAAGGACACCAUCGCUGCGGUGGUGAGGGAGGUGAUGGCGGGGGAAAGGAAGGGCGCUGCGGUGCGGGUGAAGGUGGUGGAGCUGCAGAAGGCGGCGGCAGAGAGCCUCCAUGAUGGCGGUGCUGCGACAACUGCACUAGACCAGACGGUGGAAAACUGGGUCGGGGAGUAGUGAAUACACCUUUCAGUUCGGAGCAUUUUAACUAUUCAUGUGCUGUGUGUUUCGGUGCGUGCCGGUCAUGAAUAAUUUGGAACCACCUGUAUGGAAUGUGCAUGUCGUCAAACGCUCAUGUAGGCAACUACUCCAUCUGGAAGUCUACUUCACCCCUCAAA